GCGGUGUUGUGACUGCCAUGGUAUCGCAACAGAUUCAUCUCCGAGCCCGGCAACCGGGCUGCGUGUGGCCUGCAGUGCCGAUCCUGCUCGCGGCCGUCCUCAUCCACACUCCGUGCUCUGCAAAUGAAGCAGCAUCUCCCAAGCGGACGAGCGGACUGCUGUCUGACAGAUUCGCCCGUCCCAUGACUGUGGGGAGGAGCCGAGUGGCUGCCUUUGAGAACAAGCUGAGGGGCAAGAUUGCCAACUUCUACGACAAGUGAGUGAGCGGGAAGGGAAAGGAGGACUGACCAGGAACGCUUGGCUUGCUGUACAUCACACGUGUCCAUGUUGCUUGCCUUGCCUUGCUGUGCAUUGCAUUGCAUUCAUUCAUGUUGUUUUUGUCCCGUGUCGGUGUGUUGAACAUUACUUACAUUCAGGUCGUCGACGGUGUGGGAAGAGAUCUGGGGAGGUGAGUGAGUCAGUGGAGUGCUUCCCAUCCCACCCACAGAUCUGAUCUGCAUUGACUGACUGACAUUGACGCCAGGGAUGACAUGCGGAUGUGCUCCCUCCCGCUGUCUGUGUUAUGCUAUGCAGAGCACAUGCACCAUGGCUACUACCCAGGCGGCAAGUGGCGCAAGGACCACAAACAAGCACAGGUCGGUGCACGCGGUGACCACACACACACACACACACGGCCGAAGGCUGUUAUCCACCCCAUCAGCGCCCUCCCUGUUGCCUCUCUGCCUCAGAUUGACAUGAUAGACGAGGUGCUCAAGUGGGCCGGCGUCAAGGCACCCCACACCGUCAUCGAUGUGGGCUGCGGCGUGGGCGGGAGCCUCCGCCACAUUGCCCGCAAGUACAGGUCCGUCAGCACCGGCAAGGGCAUCACACUCAGCCCAUUCCAGCGGGACCGGGCCGAGGCGCUCACCAAGGAGGCCGACAAGAGCGACAAGGCAAAGGGCCGCAAGAGGCUGGGCAGGAAGCUGGGGUUCGAGGUGGCUGAUGCGAUGGACAUGCCCUACCGCGCCAAUGCCUUUGACCUUGCCUGGUCGAUGGAGUCGGGCGAGCACAUCCCUGACCGGCCGCGCUUCAUCAAGGAGAUCAAACGGUACGUACGGCGGCGGAGGGAGGCAACGAGGGAGGGAGGCACAGAGGGAGGGAGGAACUGGAAGAUCGCUUGCCACGGCUGACUGUGUGUGCUCCAUUCCAUUCCAUGCAGAGUGGUUCGUCCCGGCGGCCGCGUCAUAGUGGUCACCUGGUGCCAGCGCAACCUCGAGCCAGACGAGACCGAACUCAAACCAAGGUAAGUAAGGUGUCUUAGAGCACCGAAAUAUGUAUGUAUGUAUGGUUUCGCAUAUCUGUCAGAGAGAAGCGGUUGUUGAAUUGGGUGAGCCGUCUGUACCACUUACCUGAGUGGUGGUCCAUCGACGACUACACCAAAUGCGCCAAGGACCUCGGCCUUCGAGACAUCAGGUGGGUGAGACGAACCAUCCAUUGAUCAACCAGGACAGGCGGCAAAGUGAAAUCAGGUCCGUAUGUCCGUAUGUGUGUUUUCUGUGUGCCAUCCGCCCGCUGCGUCGCCUGCAGGACAGCGGAUUGGUCCAAGGAGAUCAGCCCCUUCUGGCCAGCCGUUGUCCAAUCCGCUCUCACACCCAAAGGCCUCAUCGGUCAGUGAGUGAGAUGAGACCCCCCUCGGGCCCCAAGCAACACGCACCACCCUCACACGCAUCGCGUCAGUGAAUGGAUGCAAGGCAAUGUUGCAAUGCACUGCAGGUCUAUUCCGCGCCGGUCCCGAGACAAUGGCGGGUGCUUUGACGAUGGGUCUGAUGAUCACUGGGUAUCGGCAGAAGGUCAUCCGCUUCAACCUCAUGACGGCCAGGAAAGCCACACGCACUGAGAGACUGCUCAGCUCACUGGGGCUCGGGGGAAAGGCAUAGCUACCUAGGCAUGCAGGG